GGCAAAUUCAUUGGCAGCAUGCCCACUGCUAGGCCUACAACGACGUCUAGAGCUGUUUUUACAGUAAUUUCGCCGUCUGUAACCGAGGGGAAAACAGUUAACUCACAGUAAGCUAGGACAUCGACACGUAGCAACCCUUGCUGUUCUAUAUUGACAUCCAAAGGGAAGGAAAACGGUCCAACUGGUUAGCUAGCUAACGCCACAAUCAGUGGUGAGUAGCUAACGUUAGCUAGCUUGCUAGCGUAUGUUGCAAACGUUAGCUGGCUUGUCAGCUUUCUUUACAGUUGUCUUUUUCUUGCCAACCUGCCCCACUGUCUUCUAUCUUUGCUGCAGCCACACAUACGUAGUUGGUUCGCUGUCCAUGGUGCUGAAGUUGAUCAUAUUUCCAUUGCAGCCAUAAACCAAGGUUAGUGUUGUAUGUUUUUCAUAAAGCCAUAAAAAUGUAAAUAUCAGUUUGGUGAUGUUUGAAAAAUGGUGUGCAUUGAUUUUGAUUUUAUUAGGGUCCCCAUUAGCCGACCUCAAGGGCACAGCUAGUCUUACUAGGGUCUGACACAUAACACACAAUACAUUACAGACAAAAGACUACAAUUUACUUAUAUUUAAAACAUUAACGUGUGUGUGUGCGUGCCCACAUCUAUCAGUAACACAUACAGUACCAGUCAAAAGUGUGGAUACACCGACUCAUUCAAGGGUUUUUCUUUAUUUUUGUUCCAUAUUGACUGACCUUCAUGUCUUAAAGUAAUGAUGGACUGGAAUUUCUCUUUGCUCAUUUGAGCUGUUCUUGCCAUAAUAUGGACAUGGUCUUUUACCAAAUAGGGCUAUCUUCUGUAUACAACACAACACAACUGAUUGGCUCAAACGCAUUAAGAAAGAAAUAACACAAAUUAACUUUUAAGAAGGCACAACUGUUAAUUGAAAUGCAUUCCAGGUGACUACCUCAUGAAGCUGGUUGAGAGAAUGCAAGAGUGUGCAAAGCUGUCAUCAAGGCAAAGUGUGGCUAUUUGAAGAAUCUCAAAUAUAAAAUAUAUUUUGAUUUGUUUAACACUUUUUUGUUAUUUCAUAGUUUUGAUGUCUUCACAUGAUUCUUCUGCUCAAUCAUCAGACGAUUUUUCCUGAUUCAUCUGGAAUUCCAGUUUUUUUUUUUUACAUGUAUCCAAAUAGAAACAGAUCUGGGCCCGGUUUCCCAAAAGCAUCUUAAGGCUAAGUUUGGUUAAUAAAAAAGUGGUCAGAUGACACAGAUGCUAAGCUACAGGACUGUUUUGCAAGCACAGACUGGAAUAUGUUCCGGGAUUCUUCAGAUUCUUCAGAUGAGUACCCCACAUCAGUCACCGGCUUCAUCAAUAAGUGCAUCGAUGACGUCGUCCCCACAGUGACCGUACGUACAUACCCCAACCAGAAGCCAUGGAUUACAGGCAACAUCCGCACUGAGCUAAAGGGUAGAGCUGCCGCUUUCAAGAAGCGGGACUCUAACCCGGAAGCUUAUACCACCUUCCGGAGACAUUUGAAACCCCACCUCUUUAAGGAAUACCUGGGAUAGGAUAAAGUAUUCCUUCUAACCCCCCCCCCCCCCCCCAAAUUGUAAAGUGGUUAUCCCACUGGCUAUAGGGUGAACGCACCAAUUUGUGAGUCGCUCUGGCUAAGAGCGUCUGCUAAAUGACGUUAAUGUGCCCUUGAGCAAGGCACUUAACCCUAAUUGCUCCUGUGAGUCGCUCUGGUUAAGAGCGUCUGCUAAAUGACUAAAAUGUAAAUGUAAAUGUUAUAAGAAAUCCCGCUAUGCCCUCCGAUGAACUAUCAAACAGGCAAAGAGUCAAUACAGGACUAAGAUUGAAUCGUACUACACCGGCUCUGAUGCUCGUCGGAUGUGGCAGGGCUUGAAAACUAUUACAGACUACAAAGGGAAGCACAGCCGCAAACUGCCCAGUGACACAAGCCUACCAGACGAGCUAAAUCACUUCUAUGCUCGCUUCGAGGCAAGCAACACUGAAGCAUGCAUGAGAGCAUCAGCUGUUCCGGAUGACUAUGUGAUCACACUCUCCGUAGCCGAUGUGAGUAAGACUUUUAAGCAGGUCAACAUUCACAAGGCCGCUGGGCCAGAUGGAUUAAUAGGAUGUGUACUCCGAGCAUGUGCUGACCAACUGGCAAGUGUCUUCACUGACAUUUUCAACAUGUCCCUGACUGAGUCUGUAAUACCAACAUGUUUCAAGCAGACCACCAUAGUCCCUGUGCCCAAGGACUCUAAGAUAACCUGCCUAAAUGACUGCCGACCCGUAGCACUUUGAAAGGCUGGUCAUGGCUCACAUCAACACCAUUAUCCCAGAAACCCUAGACCCACUCCAAUUUGCAUACCGCCCCAACAGAUCCACAGAUGAUGCAAUCUCUAUUGCACUCCACACUGCCCUUUCCCACCUGGACAAGAGGAACACCUACGUGAGAAUGCUAUUCAUUGACUGCAGCUCAGCGUUCAACACCAUAGUGCCCUCAAAGCUCAUCACUAAGCUAAGGAUCCUGGGACUAAACACCUCCCUCUGCAACUGGAUCCUGGACUUCCUGACGGGCCGCCCCCAGGUGGUAAGGGUAGGUAAUAACACGUCUGCCACGCUGAUCCUCAACACGGGUGCCCCUCAGGGGUGCAUGUCCAGUCCCCUCCUGUACUCCCUGUUCACCCAUGACUGCAUGGCCAGGCACGACUCCAACACCAUCAUUAAGUUUGCAGACGACACAACAGUGGUAGGACUGAUCACCGACAACGAUGAGACAGCCUAUAGGGAGGAGGUCAGAGACCUGGCCGUGUGGUGCCAAGAUAACAACCUCUCCCUCAACGUGUUUAAGACAAAGGAGAUGUUUGUGGUCUACAGGAGAAAAAAAAAGAGGACUGAGCACGCCCCCAUUCUCAUCGACGGGGCUGUAGUGGAACAGGUUGAGAGCUUCAAGUUCCUUGGUGUCCACAUCACCGACUAACUAUCAUGGUCCAAACACACCAAGACAGAGGGUAGUGCGUACGGCCAAUACAUAACUGGGGUCAAGCUUCCUGCCAUCCAGGACCUCUAUACCAGGCGGUGUCAGAGGAAGGCCCUAAAAAUUGUCAAAGACUCAAGCCACCCUAGUCAUACACUGUUCUCUCUGCUACCACACGGCAAGCGGUACCGUAGCGCGAAGUCUAGGUCCAAAAGGCUUCUCAACAGCUUCACCCCCAAGCCAUAAGACUCCUGAACAGCUAAUCAUGGCUAGCCGGACUAUUUGCACCCCCACCCCCUCUUUUACGCUGCUGCUACUCUGUUUACUAUUUAUGCAUAGUCACUUUAACUCUACCCACAUGUACAUAUGACCUCAAUUACCUCGACUAACCGGUGCCCCCGCACAUUGACUCUGUACCGGUACCCCCUGUAUAUAGCCUCCCUACUGCUAUUUUAUUUUACUGCGGCCCUUUAGCUAUUUGCUUUUAUUUUUAGAUUUUUCUUAAUUAACACUUUAUUUUAAAUUUUUCUUUAAAAAUUGCAUUGUUUGUUAAGGGCUUGUAAGUAACCAUUUGACUGUAAUGUCUACACCUGUUGUAUUCGGCGCAUGUGGCAAAUACAAUUUGAUUUGAUUAGAUCAUUAGAACCUUCGUAGGAGCAUAGUUAAAUCUCAGAGCCACUAUUUACGUUGCACUUGAAAACGGUCGUAUUCUAACGCCUUCCUCAGACCACUCGUAGAACAGAUAAGUGCAUCGUUAGAUGCUUUUAUACACAGAAUAUCUCUGCUAAAUAUAGAAUCACAUGGUUUAUCCGUCUCUUUGUGACAGCCGAUAACUUCAGAACAAAGUUCACUACAAAAUAAAAAGCUGCCAAUGUCUUUGGAAUUGAUACAAACAAGCGACGUAUAAAAUGAUGCUUCUAAUGAAAACCGAGAUGAGCAGUACCCUAGGCUAUAGUCCUAUUUCAAACAUAUUGAAAUACAUUUCAUGUUCAAUCAACUGAGUUCUAUAUCUAUCUGUAAUUUUUCUCAAUAUAUUUCAUGCUGUGUAGCCUAACGUGCACACAAUGAUGUGCCAAAUCGGUGAUUUAGUGCAUUUGUUUUUGGGUAAGCAUUAGAAUAAGCCGCCUCAACAUUUUGCAGCUCAAAACGUUUUGGGACGGUGACACAUUUUGUGUUGAUUUGGCUCUGUACUCCAGCACUUUGGAUUUGAAAUGAUACAAUGACUAUGAUGUUAACAUGCAUACUGUCAAGGGUUAAUUUGAGGGUAUUUUCAUCCAUAUCGGGUGAACCGUUUACAGUACUUUUUGUACAUAGUCUCCCCAUUUUAGGGGACCAAAAGUAUUGGGACAAAUUCACUUAUGUGUAUUAAAGUAGUCAAAAGUUUAGUAUUUGGUCCCAUUUUCAUAGCACACAAUGGUUACAACAAAAUUGUGACUCUACAAACUUGUUGAAUGCAUUUGCUGUUUGAUUUGGUUGUGUUUCAGAUUAUUUUGUGCCCAAUAUAAAUGAAUGGUAAAAUAAUGUAUUUUAUCAUUUUGGAGUCAUGUUUCUAAACACUUCUACAUUAAUGUGGAUGCUACCAUGGUUACGGAUAAUCCUGAAAGCAUUGUGAAUUAUGAUGAUUGAGAAAGUUAGAGGCAUAAAUAUCAUUCCCCCCAAAAAAUGCUAACCUCCCCUGUCCCCUGUCCCCUACCCAAAAUCCUAGGGUGUAUUCACUAGGAACCAAGCUGAAGCAAACGGAACGAAACUAGGAGGGACCUAAAUACAUGAAUUAACCUCCCGAGUGGCGCAGUGGUCUAAGGCACUGCAUCGCAGUGCUAGCUGUGCCACUAGAGAUCCUGGUUCGAAUCCAGGCUCUGUCGUAGCCGGCCGAGACCGGGAGACCCAUGGGGCAGCGCGCAAUUGGCCCAGCGUCGUCCAGGGUAGGGGAGGGAAUGGCCGGCAGGGAUUUAGCUCAGUUGGUAGAGCAUGGCGUUUGCAACGCCAGGGUUGUGGGUUCGAUUUUUUAUUUAAUUUUUUAAAAAAUAAAUAAUGUAUGCACUAACGGUAAGUCGCUCUGGAUAAGAGCGUCUGCUAAAUGACUAAAAUGUAAAAUGUAAUGAAUUUGUCCAACAGAAACUCUCUUUUGUUGCAAAACGUUUUACUACAGUGUUUGACUAAUGAAUACACCCAUGGUUUCCCUGCUUUUCUAGCUUGUCCUCCUCACCACGUCCCUGAUUAUAUUGUAGCCUCGACCGGGACUUGAACCCAGGUCCAGUGACAGUCAACUCAACACCUUAGCCGUCAAGCCAAGAGAUCCAAACCUCUUGAUGAGGUCGUAAGGUGUUGGGUUAAGGUCCCUACAGUUAAGGAUUGUUGCUUGAUUCUGCUGCUGAGUCCUUUCUCAACAGGAGUAUUAAUAUGGGUGUCAACACUGUCCCCAUGUACUGAUCACAUCCCUGCUCUUCCAACAGGAGUAGCUAAUAAUAUGAGCGUCAACACUGUCCCCUGUACUGUGAAGCCUGCUGUCACCCUGCAGAUUGAAGAUGCUAAGACUGAUUCAAGUCGUCCCGGUGUCUAUGUCGUAGAUGUUACACUUCCUAUAGGACAGACUGUCAACGUGAGUCGAUAAAACCUGAUUCCUUUUCAUACACAGUUUUUUUUCUCUCCACACACUUGGUAAAAUGAGGCUAUGUGAAGUAGGCUAUUUUCUUUGGAAGUGAGUCACUUUGAAAUCUUCUCUGAAGCUCAAAGUAGUUUCCUUCGAGGCCCAGCUUUUCUAGCGAUAACAAGCCUGGUAUUCUAGUGGUUUCAGAACAACUAUCUAUUCCUACAACUUUCAAGCUAGACAUGAUUGCCACUCAACCAUUGUCCACAUACAGUAACAUACAUCUAAUCUGUGUCUUCAUCACCCCUCCUAGAUCCAGGAGAUCUCCUUUAAGAACUACUACACAGCAUACUUGUCUAUGCGUCUACUGAGGAGAGAUGGGGAGGGGGCAGCUAAGUGGGCUACAUGUCUGAGGAACCACUGUUUGAUGCCCAGCCCACAUACUGAAGAGGGUUCACAAGACUACGUCUCUGUCUACAGACAACAGGUUAGGGGAGGGGGGAGGGAGGGAGGGAGGGAGAGAUGGAGAAAUGGAGAGGGAGUGAGGGGGGAGGGGGGUGGGUGGUUUAAUGAUAAAAGGUGGUAAAGAUCAUAUAAGAUGGAGGGAGGGAGGGAGAAGGACUACGUCUCUGUCUACAGACAGCAGGUUAGGGGAGGGAGGGAGGGAGAAGGACUACGUCUCUGUCUACAGACAGCAGGUUAGGGGAGGGGGGGAGGGAGGGAGGGAGAAGGACUACGUCUCUGUCUACAGACAGCAGGUUAGGGGAGGGAGGGAGGGAGAAGGACUACGUCUCUGUCUACAGACAGCAGGUUAGGGGAGGGAGGGAGGGAGGGAGAAGGACUAUGUCUCUGUCUACAGACAGCAGGUUAGGGGAGGGGGGGAGGGAGGGAGGGAGGGAGAAGGACUACGUCUCUGUCUACAGACAGCAGGUUAGGGGAGGGAGGGAGGGAGGGAGGGAGGGAGAAGGACUACGUCUCUGUCUACAGACAGCAGGUUAGGGGAGGGAGGGAGGGAGGGAGAAGGACUACGUCUCUGUCUACAGACAGCAGGUUAGGGGAGGGGGGGAGGGGGGGAGGACUACGUCUCUGUCUACAGACAACAGGUUAGGGGAGGGGGGGGAGGGAGGGGGGGAGGGAGAAGGACUACAUCUCUGUCUACAGACAGCAGGUUAGGGGAGGGAGGGAGGGAGGGAGAAGGACUACGUCUCUGUCUACAGACAGCAGGUUAGGGGAGGGAGGGAGGGAGGGUGGGAGAAGGACUACGUCUCUGUCUACAGACAGCAGGUUAGGGGAGGGGGGAGGGAGAAGGACUACGUCUCUGUCUACAGACAGCAGGUUAGGGGAGGGAGGGAGGGAGGGAGGGUGGGAGAAGGACUACGUCUCUGUCUACAGACAGCAGGUUUAGGGGAGGGAGGGAGGGAGGGAGGGAGAAGGACUAUGUCUCUGUCUACAGACAGCAGGUUAGGGGAGGGAGGGAGGGAGGGAGGGUGGGAGAAGGACUACGUCUCUGUCUACAGACAGCAGGUUAGGGGAGGGGGGGAGGGAGAAGGACUACGUCUCUGUCUACAGACAGCAGGUUAGGGGAGGGAGGGAGGGAGGGUGGGAGAAGGACUACGUCUCUGUCUACAGACAGCAGGUUAGGGGAGGGGGGGAGGGAGAAGGACUACGUCUCUGUCUACAGACAGCAGGUUAGGGGAGGGAGGGAGGGGGAGGGUGGGAGAAGGACUACGUCUCUGUCUACAGACAGCAGGUUAGGGGAGGGGGGGAGGGAGAAGGACUACGUCUCUGUCUACAGACAGCAGGUUAGGGGAGGGAGGGAGGGAGGGAGGGUGGGAGAAGGACUACGUCUCUGUCUACAGACAGCAGGUUAGGGGAGGGAGGGAGGGAGGGAGGAAGGGAGGGAGGGAGGGAGGAGGACUACGUCUCUGUCUACAGACAGCAGGUUAGGGGAGGGAGGGAGGGAGGAGGACUAUGUCUCUGUCUACAGACAGCAGUACAGGUAAGACAUUAGGAGGUGUAUUCUGAUGACGGCUUUAUUUCUACAUCUGGCUAAAAUAUUCAUCACCAAAUGCUCCUGAGCCAUUUCAUAUGGAAUCUUAAGAAACCUUGAUGUGAUAUGAGUGACAAUGCAUUUGCAUUAUGUAAAUGUAUCUUCUUUUUUUAAAUAAAGGAUCACAGCUCAGGUUUGCUUAAUUUUUUAAAAGUUAAUCUUGGAGGUAAACCAAAUUAUAGUUUGGCUUUCUUCAAGUAGCUGUUAAGCUAAUUUACAUGACUUGUGGAAGCCAUGUUUCCUGAUUAGUUCAGUAUGGGUGUUUGAUGUGGAAACCAUAUUUCCUGAUUAGUUCAGUAUGUGUGUUAUGGUUGUUAGAUGCUGAUGGAGCCAGAUAAUGUGUUAUGGUUGUUAGAUGCUGAUGGAGCCAGAUAAUGUGUUAUGGUUGUUAGAUGCUGAUGGAGCCAGAUAAUGUGUUAUGGUUGUUAGAUGCUGAUGGUGUGUUAUGGUUGUUAGAUGCUGAUGGAGCCAGAUAAUGUGUUAUGGUUGUUAGAUGCUGAUGGAGCCAGAUAAUGUGUUAUGGUUGUUAGAUGCUGAUGGAGCCAGAUAAUGUGUUAUGGUUGUUAGAUGCUGAUGGAGCCAGAUAAUGUGUUAUGGUUGUUAGAUGCUGAUGGAGCCAGAUAAUGUGUUAUGGUUGUUAGAUGCUGAUGGAGCCAGAUAAUGUGUUAUGGUUGUUAGAUGCUGAUGGAGCCAGAUAAUGUGUUAUGGUUGUUAGAUGCUGAUGGAGCCAGAUAAUGUGUUAUGGUUGUUAGAUGCUGAUGGAGCCAGAUAAUGUGUUAUGGUUGUUAGAUGCUGAUGGAGCCAGAUAAUGUGUUAUGGUUGUUAGAUGCUGAUGGAGCCAGAUAAUGUGUUAUGGUUGUUAGAUGCUGAUGGAGCCAGAUAAUGUGUUAUGGUUGUUAGAUGCUGAUGGAGCCAGAUAAUGUGUUAUGGUUGUUAGAUGCUGAUGGAGCCAGAUAAUGUGUUAUGGUUGUUAGAUGCUGAUGGAGCCAGAUAAUGUGUUAUGGUUGUUAGAUGCUGAUGGAGCCAGAUAAUGUGUUAUGGUUGUUAGAUGCUGAUGGAGCCAGAUAAUGUGUUAUGGUUGUUAGAUGCUGAUGGAGCCAGAUAAUGUGUUAUGGUUGUUAGAUGCUGAUGGAGCCAGAUAAUGUGUUAUGGUUGUUAGAUGCUGAUGGAGCCAGAUAAUGUGUUAUGGUUGUUAGAUGCUGAUGGAGCCAGAUAAUGUGUUAUGGUUGUUAGAUGCUGAUGGAGCCAGAUAAUGUGUUAUGGUUGUUAGAUGCUGAUGGAGCCAGAUAAUGUGUUAUGGUUGUUAGAUGCUGAUGGAGCCAGAUAAUGUGUUAUGGUUGUUAGAUGCUGAUGGAGCCAGAUAAUGUGUUAUGGUUGUUAGAUGCUGAUGGAGCCAGAUAAUGUGUUAUGGUUGUUAGAUGCUGAUGGAGCCAGAUAAUGUGUUAUGGUUGUUAGAUGCUGAUGGAGCCAGAUAAUGUGACUUCAGUGAGACUGAUCCUGCGACAGCCUUCGUCAGCCUGGCUGAAUUUCAGUGUGGAGGAGAUUAAACUACACCCCUGUUUAAAUGAGGUAAGUCACUGAAAAAUGUAUAGAGGGUUGUCCUGUAUGAUCAAAUAGAAAGAAAACAUGAUCAAUGUGCCUCUGAUCAUCAGGCCUGCAGCAUAACUGUCUUAAGGUUGGGGGUACUGAGUAGUGGAGUUGAGAAACACUGCCGUUGAAGUUAUUUCCACAAUAAAGUGCAUUCAUUCACUCUCUCUCUUCUUCCAGGAUUCAGAGUGGGACAUUCCUGAUUGGUUGUCAGACCUCACACAGGUUGACCAACUGUGUGAUUUACAGGUAAGGCUCUUAUCAACCAGUUGGUUCUCUUCAAUAUAACUUUAUAACUAUCAGCCCUUUUAGACUGGAUUCCAGUAUUCUAACUCCUACACAGCUUCCUUUGGGAUCCCUCGUAGUCAAGUAUGAUUUCCCUCCAGUUUUCACAGGUCUGGCUGGCCGGCCAUGGCUGAAUAGGCCAAUCUGUGACCUGCAGAUCUUGUCUCAGUGGGGGCGGAUCUUUUACGUAAUUUAGCAGACGCCGUUAUCCAGAGCGACUUACAGUAGUGAGUGCAUACAUUUUCAUACUGGUCCCCCGUGGGAAUCGAACCCACAACCCUGGCGUUGUAAGCGCCAUGCUCUACCAACUGAGCUACACGGGACUACUUGUCUCAGUGGGGGCAGGGAUGGUCAGAUCUUGUCUCGGUGGGGUCAGGGAUGGUCAGAUCUUGUCUCAGUGGGAUCAGGGAUGGUCAGAUCUUGUCUCAGUGGGGUCAGGGAUGGUCAGAUCUUGUCUCAGUGGGGUCAGAGAUGGUCAGAUCUUGUCUCGGUGGGGUCAGGGAUGGUCAGAUCUUGUCUCGGUGGGGUCAGGGAUGGUCAGAUCUUGUCUCAGUGGGGUCAGGGAUGGUCAGAUCUUGUCUCAGUGUGGCAGAGAUGGUCAGAUCUUGUCUCAGUGGGGGCAGGGAUGGUCAGAUCUUGUCUCAGUGGGGGCAAGGAUGAUCAGAUCUUGUGUCAGUGGGGGCAAGGAUGGUCAGAUCUUGUCUCAUUGGGGGCAGGGUAGUUCAUCCUAUCGCUUUUCCCAGCUAGUAGUUUUCUUCUUUCUGCCAGGAAGAGUUGUGUUCCAUUGAUGAUUUUGGUACUCCAUGAGGAUCUGUCAAGGACAUGGGUUUACCUAUUGUUAGGAUCCCUAUGGCUUUUCUUCAGGUGUGCUUUGAGGUUGUCACGGAAACACUUCUUCUGACCUCCAGGGGCACGGAUUCCAUCUUUGAGCUGGGAGUAGGAGACGUUUUUGGGAAGCCUUGAGUUGCUUAUCCUUGCGAGGUGACCUGCCAAUCGGAGUUGAGGUUUCAUAAUGGUGGCUUCCACACUGGAGGAGUUGGUUCUCUCCAGGACACUGAUGUUUGGUUGUCUGUCUUCCCAGCUGAUGUUCUGUAUCUUCCUGAGGAGUUGGUUCUCUCCAGGACACUGAUGUUUGGUUGUCUGUCUUCCCAGCUGAUGUUCUGUAUCUUCCUGAGGAGUUGGUUCUCUCCAGGACACUGAUGUUUGGUUGUCUGUCUUCCCAGCUGAUGUUCUGUAUCUUCCUGAGGAGUUGGUUCUCUCCAGGACACUGAUGUUUGGUUGAAUGUCUUCCCAGCUGAUGUUCUGUAUCUUCCUGAGGAGUUGGUUCUCUCCAGGACACUGAUGUUUGGUUGGAUGUCUUCCCAGCUGAUGUUCAGUGUCUUCCUGAGGAGUUGGUUCUCUCCAGGACACUGAUGUUUGGUUGUCUGUCUUCCCAUCUGAUAUUCAGUAUCUUCCUGAGGAGUUGGUUCUCUCCAGGACACUGAUGUUUGGUUGUCUGUCUUCCCAUCUGAUGUUCAGAAUCUUCCUGAGGAGUUGGUUCUCUCCAGGACACUGAUGUUUGGUUGUCUGUCUUCGCAGCUGAUGUUCAGUAUCUUCCUGAGGAGUUGGUUCUCUCCAGGACACUGAUGUUUGAUUGUCUCUCUUCCCAGCUGAUGUUCAGUGUCUUCCUGAGGAGUUGGUUCUCUCCAGGACACUGAUGUUUGGUUGUCUGUCUUCCCAUCUGAUGUUCAGUAUCUUUCUGAGGAGUUGGUUCUCUCCAGGACACUGAUGUUUGGUUGUCUGUCUUCGCAGCUGAUGUUCAGUAUCUUCCUGAGGAGUUGGUUCUCUCCAGGACACUGAUGUUUGAUUGUCUCUCUUCCCAGCUGAUGUUCAGUAUCUUCCUGAGGAGUUGGUUCUCUCCAGGACACUGAUGUUUGGUUGUCUGUCUGUCUUCCCAUCUGAUGUUCAGUAUCUUCCUGAGGAGUUGGUUCUCUCCAGGACACUGAUGUUUGGUUGGAUGUCUUCCCAGCUGAUGUUCUGUAUCUUCCUGAGGAGUUGGUUCUCUCCAGGACACUGAUGUUUGGUUGUCUGUCUUCCCAGCUGAUGUUCUGUAUCUUCCUGAGGAGUUGGUUCUCUCCAGGACACUGAUGUUUGGUUGUCUGUCUUCCCAGCUGAUGUUCUGUAUCUUCCUGAGGAGUUGGUUCUCUCCAGGACACUGAUGUUUGGUUGAAUGUCUUCCCAGCUGAUGUUCUGUAUCUUCCUGAGGAGUUGGUUCUCUCCAGGACACUGAUGUUUGGUUGGAUGUCUUCCCAGCUGAUGUUCAGUGUCUUCCUGAGGAGUUGGUUCUCUCCAGGACACUGAUGUUUGGUUGUCUGUCUUCCCAUCUGAUAUUCAGUAUCUUCCUGAGGAGUUGGUUCUCUCCAGGACACUGAUGUUUGGUUGUCUGUCUUCCCAUCUGAUGUUCAGAAUCUUCCUGAGGAGUUGGUUCUCUCCAGGACACUGAUGUUUGGUUGUCUGUCUUCGCAGCUGAUGUUCAGUAUCUUCCUGAGGAGUUGGUUCUCUCCAGGACACUGAUGUUUGAUUGUCUCUCUUCCCAGCUGAUGUUCAGUGUCUUCCUGAGGAGUUGGUUCUCUCCAGGACACUGAUGUUUGGUUGUCUGUCUUCCCAUCUGAUAUUCAGUAUCUUCCUGAGGAGUUGGUUCUCUCCAGGACACUGAUGUUUGGUUGUCUGUCUUCCCAUCUGAUGUUCAGAAUCUUCCUGAGGAGUUGGUUCUCUCCAGGACACUGAUGUUUGGUUGUCUGUCUUCGCAGCUGAUGUUCAGUAUCUUCCUGAGGAGUUGGUUCUCUCCAGGACACUGAUGUUUGAUUGUCUCUCUUCCCAGCUGAUGUUCAGUGUCUUCCUGAGGAGUUGGUUCUCUCCAGGACACUGAUGUUUGGUUGUCUGUCUUCCCAUCUGAUGUUCAGUAUCUUUCUGAGGAGUUGGUUCUCUCCAGGACACUGAUGUUUGGUUGUCUGUCUUCGCAGCUGAUGUUCAGUAUCUUCCUGAGGAGUUGGUUCUCUCCAGGACACUGAUGUUUGAUUGUCUCUCUUCCCAGCUGAUGUUCAGUAUCUUCCUGAGGAGUUGGUUCUCUCCAGGACACUGAUGUUUGGUUGUCUGUCUGUCUUCCCAUCUGAUGUUCAGUAUCUUCCUGAGGAGUUGGUUCUCUCCAGGACACUGAUGUUUGGUUGGAUGUCUUCCCAGCUGAUGUUCUGUAUCUUCCUGAGGAGUUGGUUCUCUCCAGGACACUGAUGUUUGGUUGUCUGUCUUCCCAGCUGAUGUUCUGUAUCUUCCUGAGGAGUUGGUUCUCUCCAGGACACUGAUGUUUGGUUGUCUGUCUUCCCAGCUGAUGUUCUGUAUCUUCCUGAGGAGUUGGUUCUCUCCAGGACACUGAUGUUUGGUUGAAUGUCUUCCCAGCUGAUGUUCUGUAUCUUCCUGAGGAGUUGGUUCUCUCCAGGACACUGAUGUUUGGUUGGAUGUCUUCCCAGCUGAUGUUCAGUGUCUUCCUGAGGAGUUGGUUCUCUCCAGGACACUGAUGUUUGGUUGUCUGUCUUCCCAUCUGAUAUUCAGUAUCUUCCUGAGGAGUUGGUUCUCUCCAGGACACUGAUGUUUGGUUGUCUGUCUUCCCAUCUGAUGUUCAGAAUCUUCCUGAGGAGUUGGUUCUCUCCAGGACACUGAUGUUUGGUUGUCUGUCUUCGCAGCUGAUGUUCAGUAUCUUCCUGAGGAGUUGGUUCUCUCCAGGACACUGAUGUUUGAUUGUCUCUCUUCCCAGCUGAUGUUCAGUGUCUUCCUGAGGAGUUGGUUCUCUCCAGGACACUGAUGUUUGGUUGUCUGUCUUCCCAUCUGAUGUUCAGUAUCUUUCUGAGGAGUUGGUUCUCUCCAGGACACUGAUGUUUGGUUGUCUGUCUUCGCAGCUGAUGUUCAGUAUCUUCCUGAGGAGUUGGUUCUCUCCAGGACACUGAUGUUUGAUUGUCUCUCUUCCCAGCUGAUGUUCAGUAUCUUCCUGAGGAGUUGGUUCUCUCCAGGACACUGAUGUUUGGUUGUCUGUCUGUCUUCCCAUCUGAUGUUCAGUAUCUUCCUGAGGAGUUGGUUCUCUCCAGGACACUGAUGUUUGGUUGGAUGUCUUCCCAGCUGAUGUUCUGUAUCUUCCUGAGGAGUUGGUUCUCUCCAGGACACUGAUGUUUGGUUGGAUGUCUUCCCAGCUGAUGUUCAGUGUCUUCCUGAGGAGUUGGUUCUCUCCAGGACACUGAUGUUUGGUUGUCUGUCUUCCCAUCUGAUGUUCAGUAUCUUCCUGAGGAGUUGGUUCUCUCCAGGACACUGAUGUUUGGUUGUCUCUCUUCCUAUCUGAUGUUCAGUAUCUUCCUGAGGAGUUGGUUCUCUCCAGGACACUGAUGUUUGAUUGUCUCUCUUCCUAGCUGAUGUUCAGUAUCUUCCUGAGGAGUUGGUUCUCUCCAGGACACUGAUGUUUGAUUGUCUGUCUUCCAGUAUCUUCCUGAGGCAGUGUUGGUGAAAGGGACUUGAUGUGUUUGCGAUAAACGUUUCAAGUUUCAGUGCCGUAUAGCAGGGUAGGAAUAAGUUUACCAAAGGCAGAACUAGCUGGAGCAAUCCGAUGUUGGAUUUCAUCAUCGAUUAGGAUAUUGCUAGAGAGGUGGCUACCUAGGUAUGGGAAACUGGGCACGUUUUCAAGCAUUACAUUUUUGGCUGGGAUCUAGGUGGGUGACCGGUGUGCUCCCGGAGCUUGCUGGAAUAUGAUCUUAGUUUUACUUGUAUUGAGUGUUAGACCCAUCCUUCUGUAUGCUUCUGGGAAUAUGUUGACGAUGGCCUGGAGGUCAGCUUCUGAGCAGUCAUUGACUUGGGCAUCAAGUGACUGCAUACUGAAAUUCUACAACAGAAGUGGUUGUGGUUCUUGACUUGGCUCUGAAAUGGUUGAUAUUGAACAUGUUCCCGUCUGUCCUGUAGGUGAUAUACAUGCCUCUGGGUCUACUCUGUCAGGUAGAUCCUUCCAGCCAGGAAGAUGGUGAAGAGAGUUGGUGCGGUGAUGCAGCCUUGCUUUAAUCUGCUCCUCAUCUCGAUUGACUCUGUGGUUUCGCCACCAGAGAGAAUGACAGCAUUCAUACCCUCAUGCAGGAAGUGGAGGAUGUUUUAACACAUUUUGUAGGGCGGACAUAUCUUCGGGAGGAUUCUCCACAGGGCUUCACGGUUAACAGAGUCAAAGGCCUUGGUCAGAUUGAAGAAGGCCAUGUAUAGCUGUAGUCUUUGCUCCUGGCACUUCUCUUUGCGUUAACGGGCUGAAUUUCCUCUGCUGGGUUGAAAGCCACAGUUUUUUUGGCAAGGGAUAGGAGUCUGUUGAGUAGGAUUCUCGCAAGUGUUUAGCCUGCGGUGGCAAGAAGGGAGUGUCCGCUGUAGCUGCCACAGUCCAACUUGUCCCCUUUCUUGAAGAUGGUGAAAAAUUAUGGCGUCUUUCAGUUCGCUGGGAAGAUCUUCAUGACUUCAUCAUUCCAAAUCCUGACCAUAAGGGAGUGCAGGGGAUCUAUUAGGAAUUAUCCUCCACCUCCACACACACACACAUACACACAUACACACUGUCCUCUUCUGGGAGAAGUUCUCUAAGGGGCUAACAAAAAAAAUAACUGUCUUACUGGUCAAAGACCUUUAUAAAACACACAGAAAAUAGAAUAUGGAAACACAGUAUUUAUUUUGUUGCUGUGUCUCUAGGACGUUCCAGAUCCUCAGACAAACACCGAUAGCCAUCUUCCUGGUCAAUAACCUUUAUAAAAACCCUAACCCUUUAUACAACAUAGCUACAUAAAAGAGAAAAUAAUAUCUGUUACAAUUAUUGUAUAUCGUUGUUGUGUCUCUAGGGUCUUCCAGAUCCUCAGACGGUAUCUUCCAGUAUUCAGCAGAUGUGGGCGUUAACAGAGGUCAUGCAGACCAACCAGACCACUGCUUCCAUAGGACGCUUCGAUGUAAGACGUGUUCUUACUGUUCAUUUAAACGUGGAGUCAAACGCAAAUCACUUUUCCUGGGGUAGUGGGACAGAAAGAUCUAGAAAGUAAAGAUGGGUCUGUAUGCUACAACACCUUUUAUCGGUUAACAAUGUUUCAAUCCAAACUAAUCUGCAUUAAUGUCCUGGACCCAAGUCUUUGUCAGUUGGUAUCGAUUCCAUUUUGUUUUCAGCUCAUUUAUGGUCAACUCAUUUCAUUUUCAUGCUUGUGUGUUUCUGGGCAGGUUGAUGGCUGCUACGAUAUCAACUUGCUGUCCUUCACUUAACAAGGAAUUGACUGGAGGUUAAUUUUACAUGGAGCCAUCUAUGGUGUUGCUGGUAAAAUGUGAAGAUCACCAUUGCUCUCCCAAAGUGUAUUUGAUUAAUUGCCUGUUAUAUUUAAGUUUUAUGAAAAGUAUAUUUAUUUGUGAAAAACUAAACUUUGAAUAGUUUGUUUUUUGUUUUGUUUAUUUUUUAACAACUUGCCCACCUUUGCCACUCACUCAUGAUUGUAACGUUGUUUAGUAUAGAAGUCCAACAGAAGAGAGAUGCAUGUUGGCCUUCAGCCAGAUGAGGGCAGUAGUGAGCGCUAAGGAGACGCUGUGAACUAACUAUCUGAGAUGUGGAUAUAGCAUGCUGGCUGCUGUUGUUGGUGGUUUGCCGUCUCCAACUCUCUUAUUGUAAGUUAUUCGUGAAUAAUACGAAUGUCUAAUUACCCUUCAAUGCAACACAUAAUUUCCAUCAACAUUGUACUGAAGAAUGAGGUGAAGGAAUUGAUAUGCUAUACUUAUUCAUGGACGCCCAACCUUUUGACGUAACAUAUUAUGGGCCUUACAAGAAGACAUCAUAAAGGCUCAUAUAGAAAGUCAUUCAUUCAACAGAUGGGUUCUGUUAUUAUAUUCAAAUGAUAUUCCUGUAUCCUACAAGCAAUCGUAUGUACGUAGAUUAACCAGCCGUUUGGGUGCAGACCAUUUGGUCAGUUUUUUACAGAACGAAUGAAAUAAAUGUAUAUUGAAAAGG